UCGCUCUCUUUCCUUUCGAGCUGUCAAAGCGCCGAAGACGUGUGUGCGUGUUAUUUUCAGCUGCAUUUGUUUAAAAAAGUGGAAUAACAUUUAACAAAAUCAUGACAUCGCAUCCGGUUUUCAUAGACCUGUCCCUGGACGAGCAGGUGCAAGAGCUGCGCAAGUAUUUCAAGAAGCUGGGAGCCGAAAUCUCAUCGGAGAAGUCCAAUAAAGGUGUGGAGGAUGAUUUGCACAAGAUCAUCGGCGUCUGCGACGUUUGCUUUAAGGAUGGUGAGCCCUCGCAGAUUGACGGCAUUCUGAACAGCAUUGUGUCCAUCAUGAUCACGAUACCCCUGGACCGCGGUGAGAACAUUGUGCUGGCCUACUGCGAGAAGAUGACCAAGGCUCCCAAUCUUCCCCUGGGCAAGGUUUGCCUCCAGUCGUUGUGGCGUCUGUUCAACAACCUGGACACCGCCUCUCCCCUACGCUACCAUGUGUACUACCACCUGGUCCAGGUGGCCAAGCAGUGCGAACAGGUGCUGGAGGUCUUCUCAGGUGUGGAUCAGCUCAAGUCCCAGUUUGCCAACUGCCCACCUUCGUCGGAACAGAUGCAGAAGCUGUACCGCCUGCUGCACGACGUGACCAAGGACACCAAUCUGGAGCUGUCUUCCAAGGUUAUGAUUGAGCUGCUGGGCACCUACACGGCGGACAAUGCUUGUGUGGCCCGUGAAGAUGCCAUGAAGUGCAUUGUGACUGCCUUGGCCGACCCCAAUACAUUCCUGCUGGAUCCUCUGCUGUCGCUGAAGCCUGUGCGCUUUUUGGAAGGCGACCUCAUCCACGACCUGCUGUCCAUCUUCGUGUCCGAGAAGCUGCCAGCGUACGUGCAGUUCUACGAGGAUCACAGGGAGUUUGUCAACUCGCAGGGAUUGAACCAUGAGCAGAACAUGAAGAAGAUGCGUCUGCUGACCUUCAUGCAGCUGGCCGAGAGCAGCCCCGAGAUGACAUUCGAAACGCUAACCAAGGAGCUGCAGAUCAACGAAGACGAGGUUGAGCCCUUCGUCAUCGAGGUGCUGAAAACAAAGCUGGUACGCGCACGUUUAGAUCAGGCCAACCAAAAGGUACACAUUUCAUCCACAAUGCACCGAACCUUCGGAGCACCACAAUGGGAGCAGCUUCGCGAUCUGCUGCAGGCAUGGAAGGAGAACCUCAGCACAGUGCGCGAGGGUCUAACGAGCGUCUCCUCGGCGCAACUGGACCUGGCUCGAUCCCAGAAGCUGAUACACUAGGCCCACCACUUCCAAAAAACUGCUCUGAUGAUGAACAAAUGCUGGCCUCGGGGCAAUGGAGUGACGACCUAAAUUAUUUUCAAGAAUACGAGAGGGCUGGAUAACUUGAAUAAAUUUAUAAGUAAAAUCGGUAGCAAA